AUGGAGAAUAGAGGUGAAAUAUGGCAAAUCCAUAUACAACUGUCUAAGUGUACACUGUCUGUCAAUGACAAAGCACAUUCUUACUUCAAUCUCCGAAGCGUUGAUCCAGAAAAAUACGAUAAAUUGCCCUUUUCUAUGAAUUUACUUGAGUCUGGAGUUCGGAAUUGUAAUGGUUUUCACAUUACCAAAGAAGAUGUUGAAAAUAUAUAUAACUGGGAACUUCAUCAAAAGAGUGAAGAGACAAUUGAGGUUUCAUUCAAACCUUCUAGAGUUAUCUUACAAGAUUUCACUGGGGUUCCUGCUCUCGUGGAUUUUGCUGCCAUGAGAGAUGCUGUAAAUCAAUUUGGGGGAAACCCUUUGACCAUCAAUCCAAUAUGCCCUGCAGACCUGGUGAUUGAUCACUCAGUUCAAGUUGACUUUUGCCGCAGGUCAGACGUGUUGGAGAAAAAUCAAGAUUUGGAGUUUGAACGCAACAAGGAGCGUUUCGCCUUCUUGAAAUGGGGUGCUCGAAGCUUCAAGAAUAUGAUCGCAGUUCCGCCGGGAUCGGGCAUCGUUCAUCAAGUGAACUUGGAAUAUCUCGCUCGUGUUGUCUUCGACCAAGAUGGCCUUCUUUAUCCAGACUCGGUUGUUGGAACAGAUUCGCAUACGACCAUGAUUAACGGGUUAGGAGUCGUCGGAUGGGGAGUUGGCGGCAUUGAAGCUGAAGCGGUUAUGCUAGGACAAGCUAUUUCAAUGGUUUUGCCUCAGGUUAUUGGAUUCCGGAUUACUGGGCAUUUGAGCCAAUUGGCUACAUCCACUGAUGUUGUCCUGACUGUCACGAAACAUCACCGCCAGGUUGGCGUGGUCGGCAAGUUUGUGGAAUUUUUCGGGCCUGGUGUUAAUGAACUGUCAAUUGCCGACCGUGCAACGAUCAGUAACAUGUGCCCUGAAUAUGGAGCAACAGUUGGUUAUUUUCCCGUUGACGAGAAAACAAUUGCAUACCUACGGCAGACGAACCGAUCGGCGGAACAAGUUGCUUACGUUGAAUCAUAUAUAUAGGCUGCCAGCAUGUUCAGAAAUUUUAAUAACAGUGCUCAGGAUCCCGUUUUUACUUAAAUUUACGAACUUGAUCUGAGCACAGUCGUUCCAUCACUCUCUGGUCCUAAGCGUCCACAAGAUCGUAUUGCUCAAUCAGACUUCAAAUUAGACUUCAGUCAAUGCUUAAGUAGUAAGGUUGGUUUCAAAGGAUUCGGUAUUGCGGAAGAAAAGUUGAACGCUAGCGCAUCUUUUGAAUAUGAAGGAUCAACGUAUACUCUUCGGCAUGGUUCCGUGGUUAUUGCCGCAAUAACGAGCUGCACUAAUACCAGUAAUCCAUCUGUUAUGCUGGGGGCCGGGCUUUUGACCAAAAAAGCUGUUGAAGCGGGAUUAGAGGUUACACCUUAUAUAAAGACGUCGUUAUCUCCUGGGAGUGGUGUUGUCACGUACUACUUGAAGGAGUCGGGAGUUAUUCCGGCUUUAGAAAAACUAGGAUUCAAUAUUGUUGGAUAUGGAUGUAUGACUUGCAUCGGAAAUAGUGGUCCGCUUCCUGAAUCCGUAGUGGAAGCUAUUGAGAAGGACGACCUGGUAUGCUGCGGUAUUUUGUCCGGCAACCGAAAUUUUGAAGGCAGGAUACAUCCAAAUACUCGAGCUAACUAUUUAGCGUCUCCAUUGUUAGUCGUGGCAUAUGCCAUCGCAGGGACGGUUGAUAUUGACUUUGAAAUCCAGCCGCUCGGUUAUUCUCCGGAUAAUAAGCCCGUCUUUUUACGAGACAUUUAUCCAACCCGAAAAGAAAUCCAAGCUGUCGAACAGCAGUUCGUUAUUCCUGCCAUGUUUCAGCAAGGAAGGAAGGAGAGGAACAAGCUUGAAGCUUCCCAAUGCGAUCUUUAUCCAUGGAAUGAAUCUUCGACGAACAUUAAAAAACCACCAUUUUUUGACGACAUGACCAAGGACAUUCCUUCGAUCCAGAGUAUUAAAGAAGCUCAUGCUCUGCUUUUUCUGGGCGACUCUGUUACAACCGAUCACAUUUCUCCGGCUGGCAGCAUUGCACGCAAUAGCCCUGCUGCUCGAUAUUUAGCUGCUCGCGGAUUGUCUCCGCGAGAAUUCAAUUCGUACGGAGCUCGUCGCGGAAACGAUGAAAUCAUGGCUCGUGGAACUUUUGCAAACAUUCGUCUAAUUAAUAAUUUAGUCUCCAAACCUGGUCCGCGCACUAUUCAAAUUCCAUCAGGAGAAGAAAUUGACAUAUUCGAUGCUGCCGAGCGCUAUCGUAAAGAUAAAUGCAAUUUAAUUGUUUUAGCGGGAAAAUAAUACGGUUCGGGCUCUUUCCGCGAUUGGGCAGCAAAAGGUCCAUGGAAACUUGGAAUAACUGCCGUUAUUGCGAAAUCUUUUGAGCGGAUCCAUCGAUCGAAUUUAGUUGGAAUGGGGAUCCUCCCAUUGCAAUUCCUUGAGGGACAGCAAGCCAAAUCUCUUGGUCUCACUGGAAGGGAAAAAUUUACUAUCAAUAUUCACGCCGAUAUUAAACCGGGCCAAUUAGUUGAAGUUCAGGUUGGUGAAAGUGGCAUUUUUCAGACACAGCUGAGAAUUGAUACUGAAGUGGAACUUGCCUAUUUCAUAAACAGAGGCAUUCUAAACUAUAUGGUUAGAAAGCUUGCCUGAACAGAGCUUUACUGAGUGAUGUAAUAUCCAACUUUUGAUUGUUUGGAUUGGUUUUUGGGAUAAAAUUGCUCACUUUUUAGUUUUGUUAUUUUCUUAUCUUUAUGUCUAAGCGGUUAUAUUAUACAAGAAAAAUUAUUUUCAUCAUCAGUUAAAUGCAUUGCUACAAUCGUGAGAAUGAGUUAUGGUUGCGAUCUAAUCAAUUCCAAAUGUUGAAUUAUAUUUUACACAAGUUAUUCCUUUGAAAAUCGUCA